CUGGGCGGCGCAGGCGCGGAGGAGGCGCCGGGCGCUGUGAGGGGCUGCGGGCGGGUUUGGGAAAAAGUUUGGCCUCUCCUCGAGUCUUCGGCCAGAUCCUGGAAAACAAUUGAAAUGGCGGCUGUAAAACCAGGGAAAUUCUCUCUUUUUGUGCCUCCCACGGAUCUGCUUGUGGAGUAAUUUUCUCUGCGGUUUUGGGACCUGGAGUGGGGUAAAAAUGCCUGAGAUCAAAGUCACUCCCUUGGGUGCUGGGCAGGACGUGGGCAGGAGCUGCAUCCUGGUGUCCAUUGCUGGCAAGAACGUGAUGUUGGACUGUGGGAUGCAUAUGGGCUACAACGAUGAUAGGCGCUUCCCUGACUUCUCCUACAUCACCCAGAAUGGAAGGCUGACUGAUUUCCUGGACUGUGUCAUCAUUAGCCAUUUCCACCUGGACCACUGUGGGGCUCUGCCCUAUUUCAGUGAGAUGGUUGGGUACGAUGGCCCCAUUUACAUGACCCACCCCACCAAGGCCAUCUGCCCCAUCUUGCUGGAGGACUACAGGAAAAUCACUGUGGAUAAGAAAGGGGAAACCAACUUCUUCACCUCCCAGAUGAUCAAAGACUGCAUGAAGAAGGUGGUGGCUGUGCACCUCCACCAGACAGUGCAGGUGGAUGAGGAGCUGGAGAUCAAGGCCUACUAUGCAGGCCACGUGCUGGGAGCUGCCAUGUUCCAGAUCAAGGUUGGCUGUGAGUCCGUGGUGUAUACUGGUGAUUAUAACAUGACACCAGACAGACACCUGGGAGCUGCCUGGAUUGAUAAAUGCCGCCCUGAUCUGCUGAUCAGUGAAUCCACCUAUGCCACCACCAUCAGGGAUUCCAAACGCUGCAGGGAAAGGGAUUUCCUGAAGAAAGUCCAUGAGACUGUGGAAAGAGGAGGGAAGGUUCUCAUCCCAGUUUUCGCCCUUGGACGUGCCCAGGAGCUUUGUAUUUUAUUGGAAACUUUCUGGGAAAGGAUGAACUUGAAAGCUCCAAUUUACUUUUCCACGGGCCUGACAGAGAAGGCAAAUCAUUAUUACAAACUCUUCAUCACCUGGACUAACCAGAAAAUCCGGAAAACUUUUGUGCAGAGGAACAUGUUUGAGUUCAAACACAUCAAAGCCUUUGACAGAGCCUUUGCAGACAACCCAGGGCCUAUGGUGGUGUUUGCAACCCCUGGAAUGCUCCAUGCAGGACAGUCCCUCCAAAUCUUCAGGAAAUGGGCAGGGAAUGAGAAGAAUAUGGUGAUCAUGCCUGGCUACUGCGUCCAGGGAACUGUGGGCCACAAGAUCCUCAGUGGGCAGAGGAAGCUGGAGAUGGAAGGAAGACAAAUGCUGGAAGUGAAGAUGCAAGUGGAAUACAUGUCCUUCAGUGCCCAUGCCGAUGCCAAGGGCAUCAUGCAGCUGAUCCGCCAGGCUGAGCCCAGGAAUGUGCUCCUGGUGCACGGGGAAGCCAAGAAAAUGGAGUUCCUGAAGCAGAAAAUCGAGCAGGAAUUCCAUGUCAGCUGCUUCAUGCCAGCCAAUGGAGAGACCACCACCAUCCUCACCAACCCCUGCAUCCCUGUGGACAUCUCCCUGGGCCUCCUCAAAAGGGAAACAGCCAUAGGUCCUUUACCAGAUGCCAAGAAGCCAAAGCUGAUGCAUGGCACGUUACUCAUGAAGGACAACAGUUUCCGGCUGGUUUCCCCUGAGCAGGCCUUGAAGGAGCUGGGGCUGGCAGAGCAUCAGCUGCGCUUCACCUGCCGUGUCCACAUCCAGGACCCACGCAAGGAGCACGAGACCGUGCUCAGGGUCUACAACCACCUCAAGGGGAUCCUGAAGGAUUACUCAGUGCAGCAUCUCCCUGAUGGCUCCAUCACUGUGGAGUCCAUCCUGAUCCAGGCCACGGCGCACUCGGAGGAUCAAGGAACCAAAGUACUGCUCGUGUCCUGGACUUACCAGGAUGAAGAGCUUGGCAGUUAUCUCACAUCCCUCCUGAAGAAAGGGCUGCCCCAGAGCACCCCCUGAGAGCAGAGCCCAGCCCAGGGUGGGUCACAGAGUCAGAUUUUAUUUUGUUUACACUGUCAAUGCUUUUUUGUGCUUGGUUUUAAUAAAAGAAUUCCAGUGUUUGUCCAAUUCCUGCAGUGACAGGCACCAGUACUGGGAUUUUCCCCUUGGAAAAAAAAUAUCCAGGGAAUCGAGAACCUGUUUUGAGACAGACCCAAGGAGCAAUCUUUGACUUGUUUACACAUUAAAGUAAAAGUUACUCAGUGUUCUCCCCUCCCA